AUGCCCGUUUGGGUUAAGGGCGCGGUGCGGCCAGAGCCGGCGGUUUCCCGAACGGGUGCCCGACUUCCUUCUGGAUCAUCUCUUAAGAAGCAAGCACUGGAUCUCAACGAAUAUCUGUAUGGUUAUUGCUUCUUUUCUCCCUCCUGCACUGAAAUUAUUUUUACACUGAACCUGGCUUUUCAAGUGACGUUCCCGAACAUGCAAGCUAUACUUGAAGCGGUCCCUUCGCGUUAUCGUGGUCCUGGUGGAGCCGUUGCCAUCAUCAAGGAUGGUGAACUGGCUGGAAAACUUACCUGGGGAUAUGCGGAUUUGCGGAAGCGGAUCUCCAUGACUUCCUCAACGCUGAUGCCAAUCUGCUCGAUUACGAAGCAGAUGUUGUGUUUGAUUCUCAAGGAUCUGGAGCGCAACCCCACACCAGCGAUGGUGGAGCGAGGCAAUAUCCCCCAACAGCUGUCGGAUGCCUUUCGCCAAUUGGUCUCUCCCGAACUCAUCGACAGCAACGGUCUUCGAAUCGACCACCUCUGCAACAAUCAAUCGGGUAUUCGAGAUUAUUGGGCCAUGUCGAUGUUUUGGGGCACACAACCAGAAGGGGAAUUCAGUCUGGCGGGAGACGCCAAGAAAGCGCUUGACAGGACCAAGUCCCUCCAUUUCCAACCAGGCACACAAUUCUCUUACUGUAAUCUCAACUUCCAUAUCCUUGCUCGCAUCGUCGAGCAGGUUAGUGGAGCGUCUCUCGGCAAACUGCUCUCGGAACGACUCUUCUUGCCCGCUGGGAUGAAAACCGCAUUCCUCUGCGCAGAUAACGCUGAGUUGCCUGCGCCAUGCGUGGGAUACGAAGGCAACGAAUCCUUUGGCUAUAUACCGGCCGUCAACCGGACUCAGUGGUCUGGUGACGCCGGCGUCGUGGCUAGCCUGGAGGAUAUGAUUGCGUACGAAUGUUAUCUGGACCAGGCGUGGGCCGAUCGGGGGAGUGUGUAUCGAGAAAUCGCGAAAGAACCGUCAUUCGAUGAUGGUACACCAGCCGCGUAUGGAUAUGGCUUAGAACAUAUAAUGUUCGGACAAACUACGACCAUCGGCCAUGGCGGGGCCAUUCGUGGAUAUCGCCUUCACCGGACCCAAGUACCGUCAGAACGAUUAGCCGUUGUGGUUAUGCUAAAUCAUGAGAUAGAUGCCGCAGAGGUAGCUGGGCAUAUCCUUCAGGAAGCUCACAGUCUCCCUGCACAGCAUGGUCUGCUUUCCAUGCCGGUCGCAAACUGGGUGGGGUUUUACUUUGACCCGGAUGCACAAUUGGUAGUUGAAGUUCGCCUUGGUGGACCAGGAGAAGUCAUUCUCACCUAUACGGGUGACGAGGAGACACUGAAGCUCACGGAGAGAUGUGAGGCCCGGUCGGACUUGGCAACUGCCACGCUGUGUUCCGAUACCCUCCUACUCCACCGCAAAUACGAUAACCGUCAUAUUCAGGCUAAACGGAUUACUGCGGGUCAACAGCCGACCAAGGGGGACUAUGUGGGCCAAUACCACUGUGCUGAAGUCGACUCUAUAUUCCAGUGCAGCGGAGACGGUGGCAUGCUAUACGGAUCGUUUAAGGGGUUCCUAGGCCACGGACCGGCUGAGCUAAUGCGAUACUUGGGAGAUGACAUAUGGUUUCUCGCAUGUGCACGAGGCUUGGAUGCGCCAGCGCCGGGGAACUGGACAGUUGUAUUUCAACGGGAUGUACAGGGCGAGGUUGUCGGUGUUACGUUCGGGUGUUGGCUAGCGAGAAAGGUCACCUUUGUGAAGGACAGAACCCCCUAG